AUGGCGGAGAGAGUAGGAGUGAUAGAACUAGGAUCAAAGGGAAUCGGACUUAGUUCAGAGCCAUCACGCUUGAAAGCCAAGAGGCUGUCAUGGUUGAAAUCAUCGUCAGCAAGACGAGAAGUAAAGGACACGCUACAUUUUGACUCUGGGCAUAGGAUACAUGAAGGUGAGGAGUAUCCCUAUUCUAACCCACUCACUUUAGGUUUCGUGAGGUAUCAAAAGGUGCUCACCCUCCUCUUUUGGUAUCCGCCGAAUCAAGCCACCAGGGUCUGGGAGUCCGACGAUGAUUCCGGUUCAGAAACCAUCGGAGUCAUCGAAACACCACCGACAAUCUUGGCGCAAUCAACGGAAUCUCAACACAGCCAGCCCCAAUCUGGAUCUCAGAACGCCUCAACCCAACCCAUUCCCAUUCGCUUGACCAAUCCAGUGAAAUACUCGUCCGAAGCACAUCCUCCUUGGCCGUCGCGCGAGCAUACCCCGCCAUCUGGGUCUGAGGAUGGUCCAUCCAAAGGCAAGCAGCUGCCGUCAACGGACGAGCAGACCCCGAAGAGGAAGACUCAGCUCUCAGACGAGCAACCUCAACUGCAUUCGGAUCCGGAACCAGAACCGCAAUCAAGGGAACAACUUCCCACCGACACGGAGCCCGCAACUCAAUCACGAAAUGGGCCUUUCAUCGACAAUUCCAGCUUGUCCGAAGACUUCGAACAAUACGAGAAGGGGAGCAAGUUGGUGUAUACCUAUCAAGUUCCGCGCCGACCUUACGGCCGCUCUGAGUAUCCCAAUCCUGCAGGCAUCUAUAGCGAUGACAAAGUUCUGUCCGAAGACGAAAGGCGCCUCUCUCGCACCGGCUUAGUCUAUCACGAUCGACAUAUCAGCAAUCCUGAUCCCACCCAAGACAAGGCUACAGUCCACCUCACCAUCACGAAAAACAUAUCCGGCGGCCCUGUUGCCGGCGCACAGGUCAUUUUGUGUAAGGUUGACGAAGCCAAAUACGAUGGCGGAGCCAAACACGAGGACCGAACGUACAAGCAGCAGAAGGAUACUUUCAGACAGUAUUUUACAGAUAAACGCAGACGGGCGAAGCAGUAUGUUGGAGACAUUUUCGAUCAGAAGAAUGCGGGUAGUUCAACUUCAUCUCGAGGGGAUCGGAGUGAGAAGCAACCAGACGUUGCCGGCAAGGCCCCAUUCAUUCUAACUAUCGACGGGGAACGCUUGACCGUGGGUCAGCUUGCGAUUCUCAAGGUGUACGAUGCGAUGUUCUACCCCUUCACGUGCGGAAUGAAUCAAGGGCCUUGGAAGGUUACCUCUAGAGCCGAUCAGGAGCACACUUGUGAGGCCGGUGCUUACAAGCAUCUCUGGACUCACAAGAAAACUGGAUAUGAACACCUUGCACCUCAAUACUACGGAUCCUGGGCCAUCGAGCUUACGACCACGAAUUCGGAUGUUGAAGACAAGCAGCGAUUCGCCAGAGCCAUCAUCAUGGAGUACAUUGAAGGGACCAGCAUCGAGGAGCUUUGCUUCCGGACUGCUAAAGAAUACCUUCUUGUUCCUCGCAACGGGAUGUUGCCUAAGAUGGCCGAUGGUACCAAGUGGUGCUUCGAUAGGAAGCUUCGUUUGGAAGUCUUCGUGACGCUUCUGAAAGGCUACAUGAACAUGCUUCAUCACGGAGUCAAUAUGCGUCUCGACCCCGAAAACAUUCUCCUCACAGGUAAACUUGGAGACGAGCUUCUCACAACGCCUCGCGUUGUGGUGAUUGACUAUGUCGAUGCCCUGAUCGACGAUGAGAGGAAGGGACCUCUCAGGGUUUACCAACGUUGGAAAAAGUCGCCUCACCCCUGGGGCGAAGUCUCUUUCCCAAAGAUGCAAUACUUCCACGGCUGGUUUCCCCACCAUUGGACUCCUCAACUUUUCGACAGCUGGCUCAUUUACAUCUCCGGACAAUUGGACAAUCCGGAGUACAUGGACCGCAGUAUUUCGAAGGGUCCUGGCUUGCCAAAGGACCCUCAGAUGUCGGAGCAACCUGGUUCAGGCCAAGACUCUGAACCUGAGCAUUCUUGA